UGAGUCGAGAAAUGGCUCAAUCACAGCCGGAGAAACAUCCGGAGUACUCAUCCACAGAACACUCUUCGACCCCCACAGUCGACACGACACACAAGGCGGAGCCCCCUUGUACUCCUCGAAGGGUCAUCGAUGUCUUCAUUCGCGAUGGAGUCGGCUAUGUAGAGGUGGCUCUAUACCGUGAAUCUAAGGCCAUUAAUCCCGAGCGAACAGUGUAUGAACAUUUCCCACAAACUUUCACGGUGGAUGUGUUCAAGCAAACAUUUGUUGGGCCUCAGCAUGGAAGAUUACAGGAACAGCUUAACGAGAAGAUCGCAGAGCUCAAAAGUAACGAGGCAGGAGACGAAAAGGCCAGUACAUGGAACCAACGACUUACAUGCUGGCUUCAUUGUGUCUUUUUGUGCUUCCCAGCCGUACGAGAACGCUCGAACGGCCGCCCACCUGAUCCCAUCCAAGUGGGUGAUAUGGAACGUCGCAACACCAUCAACAAGGAUGACACCGACUCUCAGGUAGCCUCAGGGUCGUCUGUUGCAGAACAAAAGCGUGUCUCACGACAGCCUGACCGCGUCGCUAUGAUGGGAUGUACGUGGCAGGUCGCAUCCACGGAACAGUCCGAUCAGAAUCUACAGACAUCAACUCAGCAGCUUCUUCCGUUUCGACCCACGACUGCUUGCGACAGACAAUCUGCACAUUCUGUCAAUACUUCACUUAGCGUGGGAGACACUGUUAUAUGGGUUGAGUCUCUUAAAGCAACACGCUCAGGGGUCUGGGCGACGAAGAUACUAGUGCGAAGAAAUCAAGAGUGUCUGUUCUUAAGAAGAGACAUUAGCUUUGAGGAGCUGUGCCUUGGUCGAGAAGAUAACAUCGAAGGGGUUGUCGGUUCUUUCGAUUACUCCAUAGCCUUAAGUCUGCAUUGGUACAGAAGAGAUGUCCAGUACGCUAUAUAUACUGGACCUCCGAUAGAACAAGUGGUAGCUGCUUCACAAUACCGCCAGGUAUUGAAGAAAGGUGGCAUUGUUAGUAAUCUUGUAAUCGUCAAAAGCUAUGAGUAUGUGUCCCAUUCCGAUCCCCGUACAGACGCACUGUGCACGAAUCCUGACAAGGAUGCCGUCUACGCAGGACACGAUGCGUCCUCGGAGAAGAUGACAGUUGCACCCAAUAGAAAGAAAGUCUCUUGCAAGAUUGUCUCAGAUCGCACAUCGAUUUUCGACGGAGGAGCAAUUGGUAAUGCAGAAGCAGAUUCCCAGAUGAACGCCAUCGUGGACUGUAUUCGUGCUCAUAACACCGCGCCUGUUCCCCACAAGACAUGUACUCUCGACCUUCCAGUUUACCUGUCAGAAUUCAAGGCUUCAACGAGGGUCAAGAUAUGCCUGCCAAUCUUAGCAGCUCGUGGUUUGGCUUUGAAUUCACUGGGCAGCAUCACCGGCUACCUGACCGCGUUCAGAUGGUCUCGAUCUUGCAGUAUUCCAGUCCGAACGGAAUGUCAAGAGCUUCUUGAAAGCCUUGCAAAAGUAGCGAAAGAUCUAUUGCCUGUGAUUCGAGAUGAAGCUACCAAGACCUUUCUGGUGCUUCUAAGCCGGCUGGGAGAGCAAGUGCUGUUGAAAGGCGUUUGGUUUGAGUUUUGUGGGUUAGGGAGCAAAAAGGCCGUCGUAAGGCAUGAAGGAGAGAUGCAGACGAUAGAUCUUGACGUCGUGGCCAAGUAUUUGUCUAAAGGCUAA